AUGCGCCGCCAACAAUUCCGCACCCCACAAAGCUCCUUCCGCCGCCCCAAGAGCCCGUCCGACCCUCUAACCACUCUCCAAGACUACGACGCCGAACUCAACCCCUCCCGCCCCGCCAAAUCGUCCCCCCUCGGCUCCUCCACCAUCGCCGGCCUCCCCCUCGAAAUCCUCGACCGCCUUAAAGCCUUCCCGCUCUUCCGCUCCGCCCCGGAGACCUUCCUCCUCAGCAUCGGCCGCAGCCUGCGCCCCAACGUCUACCAGCCCAACCAAGAGAUCAUCCACGAGGGUGAAGAUGCCAAAGCAAUGUACUGGCUCGUCCGGGGCUCCGUGCGCGUCACCAGCCGGGACGGCGAGAGCACGUACGCGGAGCUCAAGCCGGGUGCGUUCUUCGGUGAGAUCGGGAUUUUGAUGGAUGUGCCGCGGACGGCGAGCGUGGUGGCGGCGAUCAGGAGUAUGGUUGUCAGGUUGAACAAGGAGGAUUUGAGGAAGGAGCUGCCGAAUUAUCCGGACAUCGAGCGGUCGAUUCGGGAAGAGGCGUUGGAGCGGCUGGCGAUUACGGAGAGGAAGAAGAAGGAGCGGACGACGGGUGGGAGUGCGCCGGCAGAGAGGCCGAGCGCUGCGCCGCGGAAGAGGUCGAGGGAUUGGAUUGCUGGGGAUGUGGAGAUGGGGGAUGCUGGGUCGUUGGCGGAUGGGGAGGUCAUGUCUAAUAAGAAGCGAAAGUCGCCUUCGCCUGGGAUUAUUGAGAUAAGCGCGGCGAGUGCGCUGGACAAUACGCCGUUAACUAUCCGACAAUUGCUGAAGGAGCUGCCGCUGUUCUCUGGCCUGCCGAGUGAGAUUCUGCAUUAUCUCGGAGUGAAUGCGCAGCCUGUCACGUUUGCACCAUUCACCGAGAUAUUGCAGCAGGGCAGCAGUGGCAGGGAUGUGUACUUCAUCGUGAAGGGAGACGUGGAGGUGCUUCAAGAUGACCCGGUUACGAGAAUGCUCCCAGCGCACACAGGCGGUGCGGAUACGAACGGCGACUCAUCCACGCAAGGCAGCGUCAAAGCUCGGCUCACGUCUGGCCAGUACUUUGGUGAAGUAACGAGCUUGUCGCUUGCACCUCGGCGGACAGCUACGGUCAGGAGCGUGAAUGAGGUGGAGUGCUUGCUGAUUACGGGCAAUGUUUUAGACCAGCUUUGGCAGAUGUGCAACACAGAUUUGCGGCAGCAAGUCGAGAGCGAAGCCAAAAGACGGUUAAAGUCAGCAAAGCGCGAUCACGACGUCGAGAUGAAGGAUGCUGAGUUCGACGCAAGGAUGACGGACGGAGCAGUUGGCGUGUCCACUGAACCUGUGCCAGACGACAGCGAAGCUGAGGAAGAAGUGGGCGACGACUGGCGGAAGAGCUUGCCGUCCGUCAAGUUCGAGAUGCCUGCUCUGGAAGAGGCAGCACAGCCGUCAAGUCCGCUCACGCAGAUGGAGCCCAUCGACCCAGACCCCUUCUUCAACGCCGACCUCGACAAUAUUCGUGCGAAGUCGAGGCGGUCAUCGCUCGCUCCGCCCGCUGCACCGACCGCAGAGACUACUGCAAACCCGCUACUUGAGCAGCGUGGACCAAGUCCGCCUGCCCUUCGACUUCUCCCGCCCUCACCGCUGAAACCGAGAACCUCCUCCAACGAUUCGCCUACCCCGUCGACACCAGCACCGCUAUCUCCCACCCUUUCCCGCCGUCCAAGUCUCGCCCGACCUCCCUCAAACCUCAGCAAAGGCCGGCUGCCCGACACAGUCCUCGUCUCCAUCUUUCAGCACCUCGACCUCCUCGAUAUCAUGCGCUUCCGCCUCGUCUCCACGCACUGGUGGGACCUACUCAACAGCUCGCCCGACAUCCUCCACCACCUCAACCUCUCCAUGUACAACAAAUACAUCACUGACGACACUUUACGCAACACCAUCGUCCCCUUCACCGCUAGCCGCCCGAAAGAAAUCGACCUCAGCAACUGCUUCCACGUCACGGACGAGGGCUUCAAAUCGCUGGCAGAAGCCUGCGGCGAAGGCGCUCGCGUCUGGAAAAUGAAAAGCGUCUGGGACGUCCAAGGCCCUGCCGUGCUGCAACUCGUCGAGCGCGCCAAAGGGCUCGAAGAAAUCGACCUCAGCAACUGCCGCAAAGUCGGCGACAACCUCCUUGCCCGCGUCGUCGGCUGGAUCGUCCCCGACAAACCCAACUCCGCACCCCCUCCCCCACCACCAGUCAACAACUCGAAACGCCCCCAACGCGGCCGACACGUGAGCCAGAACCCUCAGCAGUCUACUCAACCGCAACCACCCCCCGGCACAGCCGUCGGCGCCUCCAAGCUCAAGCGUCUGACGCUGAGUUACUGCAAACACAUCCAAGACCGCAGCAUGGCGCACAUCGCCGCACACGCCUCGGAUCGGCUCGAGGUUUUGGAUCUGACACGUUGUACCAGCAUCUCCGACGCCGGGUUCCACUCGUGGAGCGUGUAUGAUUUCAAACGCCUGCACAAAUUAAUCUUGGCAGAUUGCACAUACCUCUCCGACCAAGCGAUUGUAGGAAUCGUCGGCGGGUGUCGCGGACUACGCGAGCUGGACUUAUCCUUCUGCUGCGCGCUCUCCGACACCGCGACCGAAGUCCUCGCCCUCGGCCUCCCAGCCCUACGAAGCCUAAACAUGGCCUUCUGCGGCUCCGCCGUAUCCGACAACAGCCUCCGCUGCAUCGGCCUGCACCUCAACGAGCUCCGCUACCUCUCCGUUCGCGGGUGUGUUCGGGUGACAGGGCAGGGCGUGGAGAGUGUGGUAGAGGGGUGCGGGUUUCUGGAGGAGUUGGACGUGAGUCAGUGUAAGAACCUAAGGCCUUGGUUGGAGAGGGGCGGAGUGGAGAGGGUCCAUCAGGGUUUGGGGAGGGGCGUGCGGUUUGAUACGGUGGCGGAUGGGACUUGGAGGGUUGGGCCGCGGUGA